AUGCCCGCAGCAAGAACUAAGAAGGGCGACGCGCCUACCGCCUCGGCAAUGGCGAACGAUGCCAGCAAGAUGAACUCAGCCCCCGUCAAGCGAAAGCGCAGGCCCGGCGAGCAGAGAUACUACGCAGUGCGCGCGGGCAAGAUUCCUGGUGUCUACAUGUCCUGGGCUGAGUGCCAGGCCAUGACCAACGGCUUUGCUGGUGCCAACUACAAGUCCUUCAGCACGCGUGAGGAGGCUCAGCUCUACGCGGCUGGCAAGAACCCCAACCCCGGCAUCGCACCCACUCGUUUCUACGCCGUCGCGAUCGGCAACAAGCCAGGAGUAUACACGGAAUGGAGUGAAGCGCAGGCGGCUUAUGUGGGAGUAAAGGCGCCCAAGUACAAGAAGUUCGAAACGCGGGAGGCGGCCGAAGAGUGGAUCCAGAGCAUCCAGCUGAGUGCUGGCCCAGCGCCCGAGGAGACGUUCGACUUUGAGGAUGAGGAUGAGGACGAGGAAGACGAUGCUGGAGUGAGCCCCGCAGCAAAGAGGACCAAGCUGUCGAGUGACGAGAUCGCUCUGGCUAUCACGGGCGAGACCGUCGAGGACCUGCUCGAGAUCUACACCGACGGCAGCACCCUCUCCAACGGGCAGACUGGGGCUGUGGCAGGGGUGGGUGUGUUCUUCGGCGACGGUGACCCAAGGAACAUCUCUGAGCGGCUGUCAGGAACGCCCCAAACUAACCAGCGUGCCGAGCUGACCGCAAUCCUGCGAGCGCUUGAGACGGUCCCCGUGGACCAGGGAGUCAUGAUCUGGUCUGACUCCAUGUACGCUAUCAACUGCGUGACGGAGUGGUUUGUGAAGUGGGAGAAGAACGGCUGGAAGACGCACAAGGGGCAGGUGCAGAAUCGCGAUCUCGUCGAGGCGGUCCUCGUCAAGAUACGGGAGCGCGAGAGCCACGGCACGACGACGCUGAUCAAGUGGAUCAAGGGCCAUGAGUCGAGCGCCGGGAACAUCUCGGCGGACAAGCUCGCCGUCGGCGGCGCGAACAUGGCCAAGUCGGGCAGGGGACGCCGUUGA